AUGUUGCCGCGACGACCGCAGCGGAAGUGUUUGCGAUACCCUGAAGGUGUGUCUCGAGGCUUCGGCUUCGCGGAGUUCAAGACGCCCGAGGGUGCGCUGGAGGGCAUCAAGAAAGUCGACGGCAUUGAAAUCAAAGGGCGAAAGCUUCGUCUGCGAUGGGGGGAGAAUGCUCCAACCACUCCAGAGGUGGAUGAGUUCCAUCGGGCACCCGAGAGGUACAAGACACGACCCUGCUAUGAGGUAUUCAAGGGCUUACCUUGUCCUCGACCCGACGACUGUCCCUAUGCGCAUUCGCAGUCAGAAAUCCGACAUCCACGAGACAACGAAGAGAAGCCGGAGCCAAAACCCAUCGAUCCCAGGGACGUGGUAGUGAAGGUUGCCAUCCCCUUCAUGAAGUUUGAGGGUGACGGGCCUGAAGCGAAGCAACGAGCUGCUUAUACGACGAUCCUCGGCCCUGGAGCGUCAAAUGUUCGAACCAUCAUGAAGAAGGCCGGCUGUCGGCUGCAGCUCCGAGGUGCUGGUGCCCCGGGAGGUGCGGCAGAGGAGACACGGAAAAUUUUGCCGGGGCACGAAGUGUCUCGUCAGUCCGUCGCGCAUCCUAAGCCUUAUGUGCAGGUUGUCACGCAGGAGCAGAUUGAGAUUGUCAGAAGGGCCGUGGAUGACAUUGUAGAGACUGGUAAACUUCCAGAGGCACAAGGCAUCAUCUGGGACUUUGGAUUGUCAGAUGUGUGCUGUGAUUCUGUUUACAAUUCCGCUUUCAAAAUGGGUGUUGCCCGUCAACAUUGCAGCAACAGCAGCAAGCAUCCCCACCGACUUUCAAUGGGUCGGACUGGAAAACUUGGAGGCUUUCACCUCAACAUCUCCGAAGUUCUCCAAAUGGCGUCUAGCCCCCCAUGUAUCCGAGAAGCCAAGCACAUAAACGGCAAACGCUGUAACGACAAGACAAGGUUUCUCUCUAGUGGCAGCAGCGGUUCACUGCCGUCCGGCGCCGAAGCAGCAUGGGGCGUGCAUGGCCUGAGAUGUCUGGGUUGGCUCGGCCAGCAGACCAUGCAACAAACGACGCUGCGCCGAGCGGAACUGUGCUAG